AUGAUAUUGUCGUGGAAUAACAUGAAGUGUAUACCUCAAAGAGUCAUUUUAUCUGUGAUUUUAUGUCUUGGAACUAUCAAUAUGUUAGCUCAGAGAGUGAAUUUAAGCAUAGCUAUCCUAUGUAUGACAAAUCACAGUGGCAUGGCUGUCAUUGAUAACAAAAUUGAUCAAAACUUUGCGAUAUCAUCGACUACUGAUUGUAUUCCAGAAUCUUUCAAUAAAACUGAUAGUAUAAUAGAUGGGCCAUUUAUAUGGGAUCGUACAAGUCGAGGAAUUCUAUUGGGUAUAAUAUUUUGGGGUUAUUUUAUUGGACAAAUACCAUCAGGCAUUCUUAUACAAAAAUUCAAUGUACGCUUAGUACUAUUUAUCUCUUUAAUUGUGUUGAGUACAUCAACUAUACUGGUACCAAUUAUAGCAACAAGAUCUUUACACUUAUUUUAUACACUACGUGUAUUGACAGGAUUAUCAUCGGCAAGUUGGUUUCCUGGAUUUUAUCAACUUUGGGCUGCAUGGGCACCACAAAAUGAACGUGGACUUUUGAUUGGAUUCGCUUAUGCAGGCCUUCAUAUCGGCAGUGCUAUUACAUUGCCUAUCACUGCAGCUUUGUGUCAGACAUCUAUUGGAUGGUCGUUAGUAUUCUACUUUUAUGGUACUUUCAGCUUUUUCUACUGUAUAAUAUGGUUUAUAUUCGUCUAUGAUGAACCUAAAUCACAUCCAAGAAUAUCUAUUGAAGAAAAACUUUAUUUAGAAUCAAGUUGUCCAGUUUUGAAGAAGACUGGAAAAAAAAAGAUCCCAUUUAAGUCCAUUUUAACAUCUCUUCCUGUAUGGGCAUUUGUUGCUGUGAAUACUGGUUUGGAUUGGAAUUUGUAUACACUUUUAACUAGUGUACCAACUUAUAUGCGUGAAGUAUUACAAUUUGAUUUUCAAAAGAAUGCUGGAUUAUCUGCAUUACCAUAUAUUGGUAUGUGGAUUGGUCAAUUAUUAUUCGGUUGGUUAUCUGAUAUUUUAUUAUCCAGAAAUCUUUUAAAUCUUAGUUGUGUACGUAAAUUAAUGAAUAGUAUAGGUAUGUUUGGACCAGGUUUUCUAAUGAUUUUAAUUACAUUAUUUAAUUUUCAUCAUAAAUAUCUAGUUGUUAGUCUGUUAACAUUUGGAUUAUUUCUUAACUCUGGUGUAUUCUCUGGUGGUAUGUUAAGUCCUAUUGAAAUUACACCACAAUUUUCUGGUCUAUUAUUUUCUGCCUCAAAUUCAAUUGGUGCUUUAACAGGAUUUUUAGCUCCUAUUGUAGCAAAUUUAUUAACUCCAGAUAAAACAUAUGAACAAUGGCGUUAUGUAUUUUAUCUUGGAGCUGUAAUAUUUAUAACUACUGGAUUAUUUUAUCUCAUCUUUUCAUCAUCAACUAUUCAAUCAUGGUCUAUAGAAAUUGAAGAUUUAAACAACAAUGAUCAUCAUCAUCAUCACAAGAAUAAUGAUAAUCCUAAUAGUAGUAAUAAUAAUAAUAAUAAUUCACCUCAUCCUAUGUAUCAGUUGAAUCAAUGUAAAGAAGGUUAUCAAAGUGAAUUCAUGGAAAUUGUAGACAUCUGA